AUGCCGAAACGCAGCAGAGACGAAGUAAAAGCAGCGCCCAUCAGCGCACUUGCGGCGCGCAGGCUGCGGUCGCGCGACGUAAUUGUACCCGCUGCACCAGAACCACCUGCCCCAGCAGUAGCAGCAGAGACCCCCGAGAAGCCCAAGAAGAAGAAGACGGCCGCAACAACAAAAAGCCCCGCAGUAGAGGGGGCCACAGCCACAGUAGCAGAGAUCCAGACUGCAGGUGUAGACGAAGAAAUUGCAGCGAAACGGCGCGAGAUCGAAGAGAAGCUUAAGGUGCAAGCAGAGAUAGCCAAUCCGACUGCAGCGCAGGAGCAUGGGAAUACGAGUCUGGAUGAUUCUGCGCUUGCGCGCAUAAUAAGCGGGCGGAAGAGUACCGAUGGAGCAGAUGAGGAAAUGGUCGAUGUAGGCGAGCUUGCAGAGGUUGCAAGAGGAUUUGAAGAUGAUGUUGAGGUUAUGGUGGAGGUGAAUGAAGGGCCCGUAGAGAAAGAACCGAUUCAGAUUUCAACCUUUGUUCCCAACUCCGACAAUUAUAUCCAGUCCGAAGAUAAUCUUACUGGUACCUUCCGCCUCACCUCCGGCGAAACGCUCGUUAUACUCGGCGAAUACGUCCUCGAGGUCGUUACAGGAAGUAUAGCACUCUACGGAGCUACCUUAACAAAGGAAUCAGGUCGCCAAACCAUAUAUGCGCCUUCGACUGGACCAUUGCCAGUCAUCGAAUGUAACAGAUUCAAGGGUAAGGCGGAGGGAAGGGACCAGCGAUUUGAUGCAGAGAUUAUAGUUGCAGACCUCAACUCGGGACUAAGAGAUAUCGGGAAAAUAUUUCCGUUGUUUAAGAGCAUAUGGACCCCGGCAGGAACCAAGUCCAAGGGGACCGAGGAGACAGUGUCAUUUUUCCCAUUGUUCUCCACCACCUACCCCGUCCCUACAAUAAACACCUCACCCAGUUUUAAUACUGUCUAUGAUACCCUCGUCCAGAAAAACGUCCCGGAAACACACUCUACACCCUCUCCCCCUUCAAUAAUAAUAACCGGCUCCAAAGGCGCGGGGAAAUCCACCUUUUGCCGCACCCUUAUCAAUAAGCUUCUCACGUCGACGUGUACCUCAAUCGCCUUCCUCGAUGUAGAUCCCGGUCAACCUGAAUUCACAGCCGAAGGCUUCGUCUCUCUUCACCGUAUUACGGAGCCGGUCUUCGGACCACAGUUCACACAUUCGAACCCAGAUACUGUAGUCCGGGCCCAUUACACAGGCUAUAAUUCGCCAAAGGAUGACCCGGCACAUUACAUAUCAUGUAUUAUAAACCUAAUCGCCACCUACCGCGAGAAUCUAGAGUCGGCCACAAGUGGAGAUGACGCCCGAACCCCUCUCCUCAUCAAUACUGCUGGGUGGACAAAGGGCCUCGGCCUCGAGCUACUCAGUGAAAUCCUCUACAAUUCACAGGCAUCAGACAUAGUGCAUAUCGCCACCCCCUCAGAGCGUUUCAACCCUGUCCUGGGGGUAAUCCCGCCGAAUGUGGCGCUCCAUGAGUUGAUGAGCGUUGCGGGGGCUUCGUCCAAUAGGUACACGGCAGCGGAUCUGAGACUAUUGCAGACCAUGUGCUAUAUGCAUCAUCGUCCCGAGAAGGGAAAUUGGGAUUUCGUCACCCCGUUAACGGCCAUGGCGCCGUGGGUUGUUCCACAUACGGGCCCCGAGGCGGGCAUUGAUGGGAUUACGGUGUUGACUGAGAAUGUGGCGCCUGAGGAACUCAUCACUGCGGUCGAUGGUACACUGGUGGGCGUGGUGCUCGUAGAGGAGUAUGCAUUCCCACAAAUUGUCACCGCGCCAGGGUCGGGGCUACCAUGGAUUGCAGAGGCACCGGUGCCGGAAAGUAGUUUUGCGGCUGGGCUGGCGCUGAUCCGUGCUAUUGAUGUGGAAAAUGGAUGCUUGCAACUCUUGACGAGUAUUAGAGAGAGGGAUAUUGCGAGGUGGGAGGAGGACGGCUUGAAAGUAGUCCUUGUGAGAGGAAGAGGUGAGCUGCCGGUAUGGGACAUGGUUGGUGCGUUCAACGAGGAUGCACCAUGGAUUAAUGUCGGCGCAGUUGAGGGUGCAGGCGGGAUGGGCGCUGGAGUGUGGCGAUUCAGGAAGAACGUUAUGAGGAAGGAGUACAUUACAGGGCGCUUUUGA